CUUAACGAAAAUGCAAAAUAAUCAAGGUAUUUCUAUAGCUGUAUGUUAAUUGCUUUUCAUUUUAAAUCAAAGGAACCAAGGCAAAUCCAGAAGUGUGCAGUUGCAGUUGUCAACGGUGCAUGGGCAUCUCUAUCAAGAAUAAAGAACAUGUAAAGGAAUUUGGUCAACAAGGGGAAGUCAUCCUUCUCCAAAUUUCAACUAAACAACGCCCUCCAACGGCGAGCAGGAGAGGAUGACUUGUUAAUCGAUUUGAACUUUUUUUUUUUGUCUGUCUCUUUGUUAGUUUUUGUAAUUUGUUUUCAAAGCAAAAAUGUUUCAGUAUACACCACAGUUUUAGUGUUAUACACAUACCACGGUACAACAAUUUACAGACAGCAAAUUUAAGUUGAACUGCAAUUAAUUAUUAUUUUUUUAUUAUUAUUAUUGUUAUUAUUAUUAUUUUAGGGUCUACCAUGCGAAACUAUGUUACCAUCCUUCAUUUGUAAUCUCAAGACUUGACGGUUUCUCCGCCCCUUGUCUGUCACCCGCUGGAACGAAACUGGGCGCGUGCUUUUCAAAACAAGCCAGGGCGGAUCACGUGCACUGGAGAGCAAAAGCGGCAGCUCGCGCACCGAAUACAGCAUUUGGGUUCAGGUGCGCUCAUGGUUGUACUGCGUCAUAUCUCCGUGGCGUUCAGCGCCGCUAUGGCUGCGGUCGGGACUGCGCUGUUUAUCGCACUCAAUCUUUUUUAUAAAAGACGAGUAUGGACACCAGAGUCAGACUACUACACGUUAAAAGAGGAGGGAGGGGAGCGCAGUGAGAAGCAGGUGCUUGUUCUUGGGUUGGAUGGUGCUGGUAAGAGCAGCGUUCUGCAGGGGCUGAGUGGAGCAGGCUCCAGGAGGGGCUGCAGACCCACACGCGGCUUCAACUUCAUCAGCCUACACACACCUGCCUGCCAGCUGGACUUCUUGGAAAUUGGAGGUGGUGAAGACUUGCGAAUGUACUGGGUGGAUUACCUAAGGAGAACACAUAUCUUGGUGUACGUGGUGGACUCCUCUGAUAGAGGCCGGCUCUCUCAGGCCAAAGACGAGCUCCAUCGAUUACUUAAAGCAGACACUGAUCUACCAGUGGUGGUCUUGGGAAACAAGCAGGAUAAGCCUGAUGCUGUUACCGUCCCAGAGCUGCGUGAGGCUCUCUCACUGAGCUCAGUGGCUGAUCAGAGGAAGCUUUUCCUACUGGCUGCUCAGUCAGGAUCUGACGGAUUAAGCAGAACCUGUGGCCUCCAAAAGUUCAAAGACCUGCUUCUGACAUUGGUAUGAAACCAAGCUGCCAUUUGAAGGUUGGCACUACUGUGCCAGAAAGGACAGGCAAAGGGAUCUUAAGGAAUGAGGGAGCAUUCGAUGUAUUGGUUUCAUCCUUGAAUAGUGCAAAAAGUAAGGAGCACUUGCGUCAUGGCAAUGCUAUUGUUGAGACAUUGAAGGAGUUGAACAAACACUUUUUUCUUUUUUCAAAAUGACUACUGUGGGCAUUAUUGCUGCUAGUUACAAUGUACAAUAUAUCACUUGUCAGAAAUAGGAUUAUUAUAUUUAGUAUUACAAAGAGCACAUUACAUAUGCUUUAGCUCUGCAUGUGGAGUCAACUUGGCGAAUCACAGAAAGAAACAGGAAAUUGUGUUUUGCUUGACAAUGAAUAUUUCUUGUACAUGUUUCGCAUAUACCCUUCCUUUGAUCUACACACACACACACACACACGUGUGUGUAUGUGUAUA